AAUCAACCCUUCCUUUUCAUUCCGCUGUACAACCACCAAAAUGGACUCUGAAUUAGACAAAAUUCUGGGGAUAUUGCUAGAAGGUCAUGAGAAAGGUCAGGACUUCUCCCCGAAGAAGAAAGCCUUCGCGUUGGGAUUGUAUUAUGGUGGUCAAUCCCAACAUCGCGUCGCGCGAAGAUUCAAGACCGGGCGAUCCAGUAUACAACGCUGGGUAAAACAGCUAUAAGACCACGGCUCUUUCGAAAAACGUCCGGGAAAAGGCAGGAUAGGCUUUACCAAGCGUUAGAAGAGGUAAAUGUACGCUGUUUGUAAAAGGAACCGACAUUUGCCAUGGCUAGCAGUCCUUAAAGCUAUGCCAUGGCCCGAUUCUAAGCGUACGGUCAAGCGAGUCAUCCAAGAGUACAAAUUCGGUAAAUAGAGGGCCUAGAAACGAAUCCCUUUGACAAGUAAGGAUGCGAAAGGCCGUAUAAACUUUAGCAAGUGGGG